AUGGCAGUUGGGCACCGGAAGGGUGUUACAGCUGAACGAUUUUUCGCUCACGGAGCGGAAGAAUUUGUGUGCACUCAUCUUACGGUGCGCCUCGCGGACGGCAAGAUGCUGAUUCCAACUCUAUCCGUUUUAUCUGGAGGACAAAUUCCGCUAACAGAAAGGACAGAGCAGACGGUAUCUUGGAAAAUUUCCAAAACACCAUCUGCCGGAAGCAUACAACCGCGUGUACGAUUUUCAAAUUUGGGGGGAAACCUCUGGCUAGGUAGUUUUCAGGACAUUCAGCCAAACAAACUAGACGCUACUGGCGUGAUAACCAAAGGACAUUCGACGACCGCAUGCAACGAGGGAAAACUUCGCCAGUCAGCCGAAAAGGCUUUUCCAGGACUCGGUAGCGAGUCCCUUGAGUUCAAGGAACGAAUACGAAACCACCAAUGUGUAGUUGUGUUGCGGCUGCCAAAGACGCUGGAAGCAGUGAACCAAGACCAGAUCUUCCAGGAAUUAUCAACCAAUGCCACAGUUCACAACUGA